AUCUCUGGGCAGAGCAAACAGGGGGCGCAAAAAACUAAACAAAUCCACGGAUCCUGCUCAGCCGGCGGGAGUCCAAAGUCCAAACAUAAUAAACAUUUUCAAAAGAAAACUAAGAAAUUGAUUAGGGUUUAUAUAUUGAAAGCUAAAACCCCAACUCUAGUUCCCCCGAAUUCUGAAAGCGCUAUGGAUGAAUCGCGUGCCCAGCCCGUAUGCGCGCAGGAGGCUCUGGAUCUGCUCAAUUGCGUCACUCAAUCACCUUUCGAUCAAGAAAAAUGCGUCCGUCUCUUGCAGUCUUUGAGGGAGUGCGUGGUCAACAAGAAAGUAAAGAAAUUUUCACUGGAUGAUAAGGGGCAGAAGGAUGCAAAUUCAGUUAGCAAGAAAGUCCAUUGAGAUGCAUUACUGCUCCCUGAUUUAGGAAAAGCACUUGGUGGUGUAAUUGUAAAACCCAUUGAGUACUUUCUGUUUUACUUUGAUUUAAUGUUUUUCAGAUCUCCACAGUUUAGGUUGUUGCACUAUUCAUCGUUUCCCUAAUUUCCCUAGGCCAAUACUAUCAAGUUUUUAGGCCUUCACUAGAUUCUUACUUUCUGCGUACAUGUGUUACAUGAGGGAGAAAAUUUACAUGGACUAUUAAUCUUUUUCUCUUUCCCAUCAUCUCAACACACUGUUUCUUUCUUACCAAAACCAUUUCUAUUCAUCACAUAGAAUUAAUUCAUGCCAUGUUUGAGUAUUCAAAGACCGGAUUGUUGCAAUAAACUGUAAUUUCCUUG